GUGCCUGCAACCAGAUGUGUCCCCUCAUUGAUCAGAAGCUUGAGAGCACUGACAGGAAGCAUUCAGAGCUGUCAGAGCUGAAUGUGAAGUUGAUGGAGGCUCUGUCUCUUUAUGCUAAGCUUAUGAAUGAGGACUAUGCCAUGUACACAAAGCUACAGACCCAGCAGUACUACAUGCAUCAAUCUGCCAACACAGCACAACAGGUGUACCCGGGUCAGUCUGGAGGGUCCUAUGGGAUGAGCGGUCCAGGAGGGGUACAGCAGGGAUACAGUGUUUCUCUGGAGCAGCUACAGACUGGCCAGCCAGCACCCAGUGAUGUCCAUAUGUACAUGGGCCAGCCUCCAGUCUACAGUCCAGCUGCAGAGGGCAUGUCCUACCAGCCUCCAGCCAAUCAGCCAUCCAGCUACAGCUCCAUCCCCAACCCUGGCCAGAGCCUUCCACACCCACCUGACACACAGCAGCACCCUUACCCCGAGAAGGCUCUUCUAUAGAAAACACUACGCCACGCACUACGCCACGCUACGCCAUGCUACGCCACGCUACGCCAUGCUACACGCCACACUACA